ACAAGCAGCACAAAAAAGUGUAAAAAAAUGUCAAGCUAUCUCUCACAAUAAGAAUAUUACAGAAAUUAAAGCUCUAUUAUCCAAUUUGAACCAAGAACAACUUGAUAACAUUUAUAAAAUAUUAAUGAAAGAACAAGAAAUUUCAUAUGGCGAUGGUGAACUUGAAUCUAUUAAUAAAGAACGAGAAUUUUCACAUGGCGAUGAAAUUUCAAAAGAAAAAUAUCAAAAAACCAAGCUAGACCUUUUAAUUCAGUAG